AUGGCGGCAGACGACGGACGCAAGCGCAAAUGGGACGAUGCGGGCUCGAGCGCCCCAAAGGCGCCGCUCGUCGUGCCCACGGGUGCCUCUGCGCCCUCCGCGCCGCGCGCCGUCGCGGCGCACGGCGGGCCCACGACGGCAGACGCCAUCCUCGAGAAGCUCAGAGCGGAGGCCCUCGCCGCGCAGGCCGCCGCGGCGGCCGCGCUCGCCGCGCAGCCGCCGGGCGCCGUCAUGGCGGCCCUGCCGCGCCCCGAGCCCGCGCGCGAGGUGGUCAUCAACGACGCGCCCGCAAAGGCGCGCGUCCAGCUGGCGAAGAGGAGCGCCCAGGAGGACAUCCAGCGGCGCACGUGCACCGUGGUGUCGCUGAAGGGGCGGUACUACCCGCCAGGGGCGGCGCACGGCGAGGAGCGGCCGCUGUACAUUUCCAUCCGGCCCGCCGCCAACGCAGGCAGGUCGGACGCGGAGCGCCAGGCGGCGUGCGACGCGGCGGCGGCAGAGGUGGAGGCGAUCCUCGCGGGGAAGCCGCCCGGCGCGGCGGCGGCCGCGGCGCGAAACCCCCACCAGGCGGUUGUGUACGUCGGGUUCCAGGCGCCGCCCUCCUUUGACCUGCUGGCGAAGAUCAGGGGCCCAG